UCUUCCCGGAGCCCGAGAGCAGAGACAGACAGGGGAAAGGAAACCGCGCGGGUGCUUCUGCGCUUGCGUCCUGGCGCGCGCUCUCUCCCCUCCCCCGAGCUCCUCCCACAAGAAAGGAAGAGACGGAGCCUUGUGCGCAUCCGUCAGAAAUUGGCGGGAGGCGGAGAAGAUGUCACUUAACUUGUGUGGUGAAGAUUUCUUUCUGGAAGAGAAUAAAUUCAAGCAAUAUUGUGCAGAAUUUAUCAAACACUCUCAACAAGUAGGAGACAAUUGGCAGUGGAGAAUUGUAAAGGACUCUGUUGAUGAUGGCUAUAUGACUAAAACACACUUUCAAGUGAAGGGUGGAAGUGUCACAGCAGACAUAGAGGAUAUGGCUAGUGAGCGUGAUGAAAUAACCUUUGCACAUAUUGGGGAAUGUCUAGAUGACUCUCAAGUGGCUGGAAACUCUGCAGCAUCUGAGGUGAUUCGCUAUGAAUAUCAUGUUUUGUACUCCUGCAGCUAUCAAGCUCCUGUACUUUAUUUCAGGGCAUGUUUUUUAGAUGGAAGACCUUUAACUCUGGAUGAAAUAUGGAAAGGUGUACAUGAAUGCUACAGGGAGCAGCUCUGGCAGGGACCCUGGGAUACCAUUACACAACAGGAGCAUCCAUUGCUUGGACAGCCUUUCUUUGUUCUUCAUCCUUGCCGGACAAAUGAAUUUAUGUCUGCGGUGUUAUCCAGUUCGUAUAAACAGAGCAGGAAUACAAACUAUAUUAUUUCAUGGCUGAGUAUCGUAGGCCCAAUGGUGGGUCUCAAUCUGCCUCUGAGUUAUGCAAAAGCCAAUUCUGAGCAGACUACAAGUGUUGACUAA